GUGUGUGAACAGUGUUGGCCACGCCUGUCUCCUGAUGUGUUCGCUGAGUGCAGACCGUGAAGGCAGCAUUAAUGUGAGUCACAUGACAGGCCAGCCUCUCCGACUGAUCUGAUACACAUCUAAUAACCAUGCCGACCACACAGCAGUCUCCCCAGGAUGAACAGGAGAAGCUUCUGGAUGAAGCUGUGCAGGCUGUCAAGGUCCAGUCGUUCCAGAUGAAGCGAUGCCUGGACAAGAACAAGCUGAUGGAUGCUCUGAAGCAUGCCUCUAACAUGCUGGGUGAGCUGAGGACCUCCAUGCUUUCUCCAAAGAGCUACUAUGAACUCUAUAUGGCUAUCUCUGACGAACUCCACUACCUGGAAGUUUAUCUGACCGAUGAGUUUGCCAAAGGACGUAAGGUGGCGGAUCUCUAUGAACUGGUCCAGUAUGCAGGAAACAUCAUCCCCAGACUCUAUCUGCUAAUCACAGUGGGCGUGGUGUACGUCCGCUCCUUCCCUCAGUCCCGUAAGGACAUCCUUAAGGACCUGGUGGAGAUGUGUCGUGGUGUCCAGCACCCACUCAGAGGCCUCUUCCUCAGAAACUACUUGCUGCAGUGCACCCGCAACAUCCUGCCAGAUGAUGGAGAGCAGUCAGAGGGAACAGAGGAGAUGACCGGUGACAUCAACGACUCCAUCGACUUUGUCCUUCUCAACUUUGCUGAAAUGAACAAGUUGUGGGUUCGGAUGCAGCAUCAGGGUCACAGCCGAGACCGAGAGAAGAGAGAAAAGGAACGACAGGAGCUCAGGAUUCUGGUGGGCACCAACCUGGUUCGUCUCAGCCAGCUGGAGGGCGUCAACGUGGACAAGUACAAACAGAUUGUUCUUCCUGGAGUGCUGGAGCAGGUUGUGAACUGCAGAGACUCGUUGGCUCAGGAGUAUCUAAUGGAGUGCAUCAUUCAGGUUUUCCCAGAUGAGUUCCACCUUCAGACUCUCAACCCGUUCCUACGUUCCUGUGCUGAGCUCCACCAACACGUCAAUGUCAAGAACAUCAUCAUUGCCCUCAUUGACAGACUGGCUCUGUUUGCUCAUCGAGAAGACGGCCCUGGCAUCCCAGCUGAGAUCAAACUGUUUGACAUCUUCUCUCAACAAGUGGCCACUGUCAUUCAAUCUCGUCAGGACAUGCCAUCAGAGGACGUGGUCUCUCUCCAGGUGUCUCUCAUCAACCUGGCCAUGAAAUGUUACCCUGACCGAGUCGACUAUGUGGACAAGGUCCUGGAGAGCACUGUGGAGAUCUUCAACAAGCUCAACCUGGAACACAUAGCGACCAGCAGCGCAGUGUCGAAGGAGCUCACCCGGCUGCUGAAGAUCCCGGUGGACACCUACAACAACAUCCUGACGGUGCUGCAGCUCAAACACUUCCCUCCGCUCUUCGAGUACUUUGACUACGAGUCACGCAAGAGCAUGAGUUGCUACGUGCUGAGCAACACGCUGGACUACAACACCACCAUUCUGGCACAGGAACAGGUGGAUGCCAUCUUGAACUUGGUGUCCACACUGAUCCAGGACCAGCCAGACCAACCAGCUGAUGAUCCCGACCCUGAGGACUUUGCAGAGGAGCAGAGCCUCGUGGGUCGUUUCAUCCACCUGCUCCAUUCUGAAGAUCCUGAUCAGCAGUAUCUGAUUCUGAACACAGCCCGGAAACACUUUGGUGCAGGUGGAAACCUGAGGAUUCGCUACACACUCCCUCCUCUGGUGUUCGCUGCCUACCAGCUGGCCUUCAGAUACAAAGAAAACUCCUCAAUGGAUGACAAGUGGGAAAAGAAGUGUCAGAAGAUCUUUUCCUUCGCCCAUCAGACCAUCAGUGCACUUAUCAAGGCGGAGCUCGCCGAGCUGCCUCUGCGACUCUUCCUGCAGGGGGCGCUGGCUGCAGGCGAGAUCGGCUUUGAGAACCACGAGACUGUAGCUUAUGAGUUCAUGUCACAGGCCUUCUCUCUGUACGAGGACGAGAUCAGCGACUCCAAAGCCCAGCUGGCGGCUAUCACGCUGAUCAUCGGUACCUUUGAGCGAAUGCGAUGUUUCAGCGAGGAAAACCACGAGCCGCUGAGGACUCAGUGUGCGCUGGCUGCCUCCAAGCUGCUGAAGAAGCCCGACCAGUGCCGAGCCGUCAGUAUCUGCGCCCAUCUGUUCUGGUCCGGGCGCAGCACCGACAAAAAUGGUGAAGAGAUCCGUGAUGGUAAGCGGGUGAUGGAGUGUCUAAAGAAAGCUCUGAAGAUCGCCAACCAGUGUAUGGACCCGUCGCUGCAAGUCCAGCUUUUCAUUGAAAUCCUCAACAGAUACGUCUGCUUCUACGAGAGGGAAAACGAUGCGGUGACUGUCCAGGUAUUAAACCAGCUGAUCCAGAAGAUCAGGGAAGAUCUUCCCAACCUGGAGGCCAGCGAGGAAACGGAGCAGAUCAACAAACACUUCCACAACACACUGGAGCAUCUCCGCCUGCAGAGAGAAUCCCCCGAGUCAGAGGGCCCCGCCUAUGAGGGCCUGGUCCUUUAAAGCGAGCGCAGGUCGGAGGGAUGUGAAGUCCAUCCAUAGAUGUUUCACUGUAUUAUGAAUAUACGACAGAACACACGAAAUCCUAUCCUGUAGGCCGGGAAUUAAAAUAAAUGUCAAGCGGAGCUAAAAGAACUCACUCCCUCAUUUUAUUCUGAUUAAUUUUUCCGCAUCAUUUCCUCCUCACUGUCCCUCAGCGGCAGAACUGUUCUCUGCUACAGGUUGGAGAUGUUACAUUUAAAGAGGCGCGUGCCAGCAACACUGCACUUAGCUUCAACGUGCACUCGUGGCGAGUCGUAGGCACCAUUCCUGUAUGAAUUCCUGCUUGACUAAUUUGUCUUUAACCUGUAUCAUUUUACUGUCAAUAGUAGGCUUACUAGCUGUUCUAGGUGUAUCCACUGAGCCAUCAUCGACCUCUCACCUGUUCACAUCUUCCCAUAUUGAGAAGUGAAUGUAUUGGCGUGAGUGUAUAACAGCUACAGAAUCUCGUAGUGGUGUUGCAGCUGUGUUGAGCUAGUUUCACCCCCUGAAUUAUCAGUAACUCUGCUGUUCUUUAGGAUGGCUUAAACAGGUCGGGACCAAACUAACUGGAGACCAGACGAACAGGAGGCAUAUGCAAACUGUGGCCCCGCAGGAAUGGCACAAAUAAUGUCGUUCCCAUUAAAGAGCAGUGCGUCUUUUCACCUCGUCAGUUAAUACUUGUGCAGCAUUUUGCAUGAUCCUGAAUUCAUCCGCCAUCCGAGCUGGGCUGCAAAGAAAUUAUGAAUAACCUCACAAAUAUAGUCAUUAAAAAGAUCCUCUCCUCUCGUACUUAAAGGGAUAGUCCAGCUUUUGAAGUGGGUUUGUAUGAGGUACUUAACAUACAAAACGUUUUGUAACCACCUAAAAAGUCAAUAUAAGCUUAAGUGUACGUUAUAUCGAGAGUAUUUUCACUGCUGUACCUUUGCUUCAAGCUGAAAACACACCGUCAUGUGACACGCAUCAAGUGCCGCCCCUAGCACACACCAGAAGUGACAUGCAGCGACUCGUUAACAGACGACCACACAAACUACUUUUACUGAAUGAUCUGUACCUCUUCCACCUCUGUGUUAGCUUAAAAUCAUGUGUGUAGCUUGGGAUAAUUCUUGUCUUUGUCACACACGCGAUGCAGCAACAGCUACAGACUUCUCUUGAUGCAUCAGUGGUGAGGAGAGGAGUGAAGCUAGUGGGGGUAAAUGUGUUUAAUUGACACUUGAAAUAGGACAGUGGCGUAAAGUGCUGCGUCCAGGAGUGCCGACGCGUGUCUAGCCGCUGCUGGUGUGGGGUUGUAAAUUGAAAAUUACAGGGGCCUAUUUUGUGACACACAAUGUUCACCGUCAAUGUAUUUUGGCCUUCAGACAGCCCGCUCCAAGGGGAAAGCCGUUGGCAGCAUCAGUUCCCCAUCUAUGCACCAAACUCCAUUGACAAAACCGCAAGUUUUACCUUUUGAACACAAGAGCUGAUGGUCCUCAGCUGCUUCGAUCAGCGAGUAAGUUUGGGUUAUUGUGUGACUUUGGUGUUUUAGAGGGUUAGUUCAGAUUCACCACAGUCCCACAAUGACACCAACAAAGUAAGUGAGCUGAGCAGCAGUCGACCAGCAGCUCCUGUGUUCAGCGACGUUAAAUCACUGUUUUUCUCAAUGGAGUCUGGCUUUGGAGACAGGGAUAUAAGUGCUUCAUUUUCCUGUUGGAAAUCACUCUGACAUUAAAGUGAAGCUGUGAAAGUAUUUUUAAGUUUAGGUGGCUAAAAUACAUUUUGUUGCUGACCCCUUCACAGCAGCACAUUGCUUAGCUUCCAUGUCAGACUGCAGCCUGCUUCUAUAAACUGGGGGCGUGCCGACUGACGCCUCAUUCAACCCCACUGCAAAAACCUGAACUAUCCCUUUAAGCAGCUUUUUAAUAACACCAGAUGUGUCUCCAUCUCUCUGUGGACUCCAUAUUUCAUAUAUUUUUUUUUAUUCCUGGACUUCCCACCGAUGGAUCGACACAUCAGAACUGCAGCAUGUGUUUGCAUGCUUUAGUGUGCUUUGUAUUAUAAGGCCUGGUUUUCAGUUCACACCGUACGGAUCCCACUAACUACAAUGUCUGACUCUGUUUUUAUAAUUUAAUUGAGCAAUGAAUUCCCGUCGCUUGGUGACACUGUCAUUUCGGAUUCAUCUGUUGUGGGGGGGGCGCAGCUAUUCCUCAGGAUUGUAUGCUAGUUGACAAGUUGCCAUACUGAGUACCUCAUGAUGUACACGUUUGCUGCAGCAUCUGACAGUGUCUGCUGAUUUCUUUUUCUUAGCUGUUCUCGUUGAUUUGUCGGAGGCGGUUCGGACCGGUUCCUCUCCCCUUUUAAAUCUGUGUGUAAACCCACUUGUAAAUCAGAUAAAGAAAAGCAGAUUAAAUAGCAAUUAUCAUUGUGAUUUGCAGAAAUAAAAUUGAAAUUAACAAUA